GAUGGACUUGACAAACCCCUGGAGAACGAUGCAGAGGGCGUGUGGAGCCCCGACAUUGAGCAGAGCUUUCAGGAGGCUCUGGCCAUCUAUCCACCCUGCGGCCGCCGCAAGAUCAUCCUCUCUGAUGAGGGCAAGAUGUACGGACGGAACGAGCUGAUCGCACGGUACAUCAAACUUCGCACGGGGAAGACACGAACCAGGAAGCAGGACCAAGCUGCCAAAGACAAGGCUCUCCAGAGUAUGGCCACCAUGUCCUCAGCACAGAUCAUCUCACCCACAGCCUUCCAGAACAAGAUGACUCUCCAGGGCCUCUCUAGACCAGUUUACUCCACUACUGGUGGGUUCUGGCAUGGGACUCUUCCCGGACAGCCAGGAAGCCAUGAAGACAUUAAGCCCUUCUCCCAUCAGAGUUAUGCUAUGCAAGCGACUGGCCCAGCCCCAAUAGCAGGCUAUGAAAGUACAGCGGGGCUGUCCAUGUCUCCUGGUGCCCCCCCAUGGCAAGGUAGAAGUAUUGCCAGCUCCAAGCUGCGAAUGCUGGAGUUCUCCGCCUUCUUGGAGCAACCUCAAGACCCAGAAACUUUCAACAAGCAUCUAUUUGUGCACAUCGGCCAGUCCAACCCGACCUACAGCGACCCCUAUCUGGAGUCGGUGGACGUCAGGCAGAUCUAUGACAAAUUCCCUGAGAAGAAAGGGGGCCUCAAGGAACUUUUCGACAAAGGGCCCCAGAAUGCUUUCUUUCUUGUCAAGUUUUGGGCGGACCUGAGUAUAAACUUGCAAGACGACAGCAACUUCUUUUAUGGCGUGUCCAGCCAGUAUGAGAGCUCUGAGAACAUGGUUAUCACCUCGUCCACCAAAGUGUGCUCCUUUGGGAAACAGGUUGUUGAGAAAGUUGAGACGGAGUACGCACGUUUCGAGAACGGGCGCUACGUGUUCCGGAUCCACAGAUCCCCGUUAUGUGAAUACAUGAUCAAUUUCAUUCACAAGCUUAAACAUCUGCCGGAGAAGUACAUGAUGAACAGCGUACUGGAAAACUUCACCAUCCUACAGGUGGUGACUAACAGGGACACACUGGAGACCCUGCUGUGCAUAGCGUACGUCUUCGAGGUGUCCACCAGCGAGCACGGCGCACAGCACCACAUUUACAGGCUAGUCAAAGACUGACGCAGAGGCUCGGUUGGGACUUGCCAGCUCUAGACCCUUUGUAGCACACCUGCGAGCAACGACACCAAAACACUCGACUCUGAAAUCUGCCGAGUCAGUCGGGAGUCCAGAGAAACACUGGUGGCGUGGAAGAGGAGGAGAAGAGGAGCUGGACUGGGAGAUGGAAACAGGAAGGAGGCUGUAUGUGAAGAGGAGAAGAAGUACACUGUGGUUUCUGUACCAAAGGAGCCAACCAAGGCCUUGGAGUCAUGCAUGGGAGAGUUAUCACUGCUGGUGUUUGUCUCAUUUUACUAGAGCUUGUUUUUGAAGUCCUUGUUUUUCAUGCAUGUGUGUUGGGGGUAUGUUUGUGACGGGGAGAUGGGCUGCCUCAGAGUGCCAUCUAGUGACUUAAAUAAAUAUAACCCAGCGGGGAGAAGUAAAAACAAAAACAUGGAGGAUUCCUCUUUUGCACAACCAUCGGAGUUCACUUUUAGUGCCAACAUUUUAUUUUCAGUAAUUAUGUACAGCGCCAUGUUCACAGAGCGGCUGAAAGGAUUUGAAAGAGCUACUGUUUGAUGUUCACUGUUGUUUUGUCUUAUCGUCUUUGAUUGACAAGUAUCUGACUACAGACUGAGGCACAUAAUGUAAGUGCUAACUUGAACCAGACGAAGCUUUUGUAAGUCGACUGC